AUGGGGUUCAGGGUGGUGCAGUGUUCUGACAAAAACCUGGAGAAAAUACCAUAUGGAAUUCCUUACAACUCUCGUUAUAUUCUCUUAAUGAACAACCACAUUGAUAGCAUUCAGUUGAACUUGCUCUCCGCAUACACCUCCAUGGAAUUCCUGGUGUUAACCAACAACCGUUUAUCAGAUGGCACCAUUGAGGGGGCCUUUGAAGGCAUUCCAAACCUCAAGAGGUUGUACAUGGAGAAGAACCUUCUCCAGAGCAUCCCUACUGACCUGCCUGGCACCCUGGAGGAACUACGGCUGGAUGGGAACCAAGUGAGUGUGAUGUCUGAAGCAGCUUUGGUCCUUUGCCCCAACCUGCUAAUCCUCAGCCUGAGUAACAACAGCCUGGGAAACGAAUCGUCUACUAUCUCUCCAGGAGUCUUUCUCCCACUGGGCAACCUACGCACACUUACACUUUCCUACAACCUGCUUAGCUCGGUCCCUCUACAACUGCCCCUCAGUCUUCGAGAACUUUAUAUUCGUGGAAACCGCAUCCAACGUCUCCAGGGUGACAUGUUCUGGGGUAAGGCAGAACUACAAGUUCUGGAUCUAAGUGCGAAUAGAUUGACUGAUAAAGGUCUUGGGAAGGCAACACUAUUGAAUGCCAGUCGUCUAGAGAGUUUAAAUCUGGAGGGCAACCUAUUGAAACAGGUUCCAUGCCACUUGCCCCCCUCCAUAAAGAUCCUCAACUUAGAGAGCAACUUCAUCUCGAGCAUUAGCAAGGAUGCUUUUAUCUCCAUGCCCCAACUGGAGCACCUGGGUCUGGCACGAAAUAAGAUCACAAAGGUGGCACAUGGUGCAUUCAGAGUUCUUCCACUUCUGCAUCAGCUAGACAUGAGUCACAACACUCUACGGCAGGUACCGCGGCAACUACCUUUGUGGCUGCACUCUGCCACGUUUACACACAACAAGAUCCGUAUGAUUCCACGUGAUGCAUUCUGCUGGGGUCGAGGCAACGGGUCACCCCUCAGCCGUCUGGUCAGAGUGCAGCUGGAAUAUAAUAUGAUAGAUCUGGGCCACCUGGACCUGCUGGCCUUCCGAUGCCUCCGAGGCUUCCAGGUGGUACAGUUUUACUGA